AUGAAUUUUUCAUUGAAAUUUUACUUUAAUAUAACAAUUUGUGUUUUUUUAUUGACUACAAGGGUUAAUGCAUCGGUGAUUAAGGAUGCGUUAGAGGAACAUCUGAAGGAUCUAUCACACAAUGAAGAACUGGAAUCUAUUAAAUUGGAAAAAGAUAAGGCAGUGAAAGAUCAUCAUGUAGAUAGUGAAAUUAAAGACAAUCAUUCAAAUAAAUAUUCGAAAGCAAAUGAGGAUACGAAAUAUCUCAAGAAUGAUCACGAAAGCAAGAUUUCCUCAGAAAAUGAUGCUUAUGGCGGAUACAAUAAUAAGCAAGAUAAUAGCGAAGAUAAUCAAUCAGAUGGUUUUAAAAGGGGGCAUAAAAAAGGUCACCAUAAACAAGGUUUUCAAAAUUCUUAUCAUAAAGACGAAUCUUCAAAUAAGAGUACUUAUUUUGAUGAUAUUAACGAUGAAGGCGAUCAAUCCGGAUAUCAUAGCAGAUUAAAUAAAUAUGACAACGAUGGACGUAGAAGUUACGAAGGUUCCCAUAAUAAUGGACAGGAGUAUUUAAGAAACAAUUAUCGUAAUGGGGGAUCAAAUCAAUUUGGAGAUGUCGGUAAUAAACAUUCAAACCACCAUGAUUACGGAAAUAAAUACUUUUUGGAUAAUUCAGAAAAUUAUAAUAAAUAUCGUAAAGGACACGAUUCUUACGACAGAGGCAAACUUCACGAUCGCCAUGAGUAUCAAGUCCCUCAUCAUAAUCGCGAUCCAGGAUGGGAUUGGCAAAAUUGGAAUAAUAAUAGAAGAGAUUGGGAUGGUUCUGGUUGGGACCGAAAUCCCGGAUGGAAACGUGAUUAUAGUGGGCCAGGGUAUUAUGAUGAUCAUGGCAUACGUCAUGAUGGAGGUUAUGGAUAUGGUCCCAAUCAUGGUUAUGGUUAUCGGUAUGGAGAAUCUAGAGCAGAUCCAGUUGCUGAAAGACCAAUUAAUGCACCUGUGGUUGCACAUCGGAAACAAACAAUAACGAUCUAUGAAGAUCCAAGGUAUGCAGGCUCAGAAAAAGGCCAAUUAAGACGUGAGGAAGGAGGUUACGUAGAACUUGACUAUCAACCGAGUUCGCGACGAUAUGCAAGUUACGAUGACACCUAUUAUAGUGUACCUAUUAGAGAAAAGGGCGCAGAGACAAGUAAUAUAAAUAAAUUAGUUUAUAAUUACAGACGACACUGA